ACUAAAGCAUACUACAUCUGUUUCUGCUCUAGCUCCUCUCUCUCUCUCUCUCCUUUGUGGAUCUUCUUGCAAUGGAUCGAACUCAAAUUCUUCUUGUUGGGUUACCAAUCUUCCUCUUCUUCUCUGACAUUAUUAACCUUUUCGCUCCUCCACCAGAUUCUCCCAAACCAACCCAUCAACAUCAACAUCACCAUCACCAUUCCAUUCAACCCAACCCUCAAUCUCAACCGCAUCUUCAGCAACCCCUUGAGUUCCCCGUGCAGAAACAAAGUGGCAUUGGCCUAAUUGGGGUUGGCAAUACUGUGAACAUUGACUUCUGCACUUCCUGUUCUUACAAGGGAACUGCAGUAACUGAUAAAAACAUGCUGGAAUCUGCAUUUCCUGGAAUUAAUGUUGUUUUGGCUAACUAUCCACCUCCACUUCCAAAGCGCAUUCUCAGCAAAGUAAUUCCAGUGGCGCAAACAGGAAUUAUUGCAAUUAUAGUGGCAGGUGAACAUAUAUUCCCCAGAUUGGGAAUGGCACCACCUCCAUGGUACUAUUCCUUGCAUGCCAAUAAGUUUAGAAGUAUUGCAAGCACUUGGCUUCUUGCAAAUUUCCUUCAAUCCUUCCUACAGAGUUCUGGUGCUUUUGAAGUAUAUUGCAAUGGCGAAUUGGUUUUUUCCAAGCUGAAGGAGAACAGAUUCCCUGGUGAAAUUGAGUUGAGGGAACUAGUUGGCAGAAGAUUGGUUGAUACAAGAUAUGUUAAUGGUAUUUGAAGAUGCUGUCUGGCCCUAGUCUAGAACCUUCAGAUGCUGAUUUCCAGAUUUCCCAAAUGCUAAUUGGCAGUUAGAUUCUGACAAAGAUAUCUGACACGAAUUGAAGCAUACCAAAUGAAUGAUACAGAAACCAAAUUGUUAUUUAGUGUUUGUAUUAUUUGUUAUGUACACUGUUAGUUAAGCCAUUGAUUGAGCAAGCAUUGGUUUUACU